AUCAAUAGAGGGAGGGAGGGAGAGGGUGAGGGUGAGGAAGAGAUAGAGAGAGAGCGCGAGAGUGCGAGUGUGGCCGGAACAUGGCGCGGCACGCUGGUGUGUGAGCGGCGCCAGUGUACCCGCAGCUCACUGGCCCCUCUCUGCUAUUUCGGAGUCACAUACUCCCCUCUAAAUCUUGCCCUACUAGUGCAGUGCCCACAGUGCCUACAGGAACCGUAUUAAUGAUCGCGUGAAGCCCCAGGUCACUCCUCGGCCCGGGACAUGAGAGAGCGUAAACCACAGUGACACGCCAGAGGUCUCGAUCGCCUUCGGACUGUACGCCCCUCAACAUGUCCACCACCAAAGUGGGGGCGUGCCGCCAGUGGUGGAGCUGAGAGAGUAAGCCCGAGGGACGGCCCGCCCGCUGCCCGGACGUGACGCCCGCACCCCGCACAUGACACACCUCACACCCGCCCACACCCAUGGACACCACCACCACUAUCACCACCACCACCACCACCACCACAGUCCCCGCCAGCUGCUCCAGCAGCAGCAGCACCGGCAGCCGCGGCCGCCCCGCGCCCGACACCAUCGACCCUCGCAAUCGUGGUCUGUCGGACGCGGGGCGACAAAGGCUGUCCAGCUUCCCGUCCCGGCAGCGGAGGAUGGGCCCAGCGCCCCUCGCCUCCUUCGAGGACCUCAGUAUGGACAAAACCACAUCAGACUCCAGCCCCGAUGAACGGACUCAGCUUCCGGAGAUCGGGGAGGAGACAUCCGGCACCACCACACCCGUGACGCCCGUUGUUGCGUCCGUUCUCAACGUUCCCGCGUCACCCAAAAUUAGAGUUUCAGCAGCGUCAUCGUCUUCGCCGCACGAAACAGACUCUAAAGACUCUACUCCGGAAAAGGAACUAUUUUCUGGAUAUGCAAAAUCUGAUUUUUGUGAAAACAUGGCCGCAGAUCUUCAUUCUAGUACAGAGGAGUUAGACGCUGACGAAGAGGAGCAGAAGCGGCGUCGCAGGGAGCGAGCUACCAAGCUGGCCGAGUUGGAGCGCCGUGAGGAGGCACUUCGCAUCGCCGAGCUAAACCGGAAAGGUUCCUCCUCUUCGGUUAUUAGCGAUGGCCUCCUGCCCGUCACCAGCGGCCACUCUAGCAGACUUUCGUCCUUGGGCAGCAUUGGCUCGGCCCGGCGCUCGCCUUCACCCCACAGAAUACGACUUGAGACGUCUUUCUGUGGGAGUCGUCCAAUCCAGCAACCCAGUAUAGACCUGGAGGACCCACCAGUCAGUACUACAAAAAUAAUGGACUUCGCCAUCGAGUCGAUUGAAAGAGUCAAGUCUCCGAUGGAGGCGCGACCGCCAGAUAUAUUUCGUUCAUCGCCUUCUAACUUUUCAAAGGCCAGGCACGAAGAUAUGGUUGCUGCAGCAGCAGCAGUGGCGGUCACCACAAGGGCGGAAAUGGCACCGGCUUCAGCUCCUAGGUACAAGGAGAAAGUGCCAAUGGUCAAAACGGAGGCAGCGAACAGGGCUUCACGUUCCCGAGAACAACAUAUCACCCCCACUGCCAUGAACAGAGCCUCUAGACAACAGCAAUCGACGCAGCCCGCCAAGUCCCCCAACAGAGCUGAUCGAGAAAUGAGAGAUGAACACAUCCAGCAACGACAGCCUCUCUCAUCUCAGUCAUCACCAAGAUCGCCUAGAAUGCCUAAAAAAGUCCCUGUACCCCAAGUUCCAGACUUGAAAGAUAUGCAAAAAUCCUCCCCGUCGCUCUCCACGGCUUCAGGUGCGACGCCUACGCCGGAGCAUCAGAACGCCCGCACCUCCAGCACACCGUCGGCUUCACCGAGAGCAUCGCGGAGACGCAGGACCAGGGACGAGGUGGAGAGUGAGUCCUCUUCACCUUCAGUGUCACGGAAAAGUUCCUUCACCAAUUUGUUCCGCAAAUCUGACAGUGCCGUACUGAGUCCCGUCACCCCGGACUCUCCAAGCUCUAGUGGACGCAGGAGUCCCUUCAGUCAGUUCAUCAAGUCGGCAAAGAAGGAGUUCCGGUCGAGAAGUCGGUCUCGAAGUCGCAGUAAAAGUCGAGAGAGGGACCUGGAGGAUGACACGCAUGACAGAAGAAGCGUGCUCUCCAUUUUCCGGCCAAAGACGAAGAAAAAGUCGGAGGCAGAAAAAGGAAAGGUUGCCCCAGACACUCGCACGGCCUCCACCGACAGCAAGAUCAGCGAGGCGAUAACUAACGUUGAGUUCACUUUCAAUGAUGACGGCAAAUACCAAUCUUCCACCUAUGGCCUCAUUCGACAGGAAAGCGAAGUGAAUAGAGCUAUAAAAGAACCUCUGGUGGCAGCGCCAGCCGUGCCGUCAGAUGCAGAAGCACCUCGCUCUGACACCUUUGCCAGUUCCCGAGACAGCUCAUACAAUGAACUCUCGUCUAUAAUGAAUUCUGGAGACAAGUCUGCCAGCAGCACCGUCACCGAAGAGAGCAAACCGGCAGAAAAAAAGGAGGAAAUAGAGGACGACGAGGUGUUUGACAAACCCAUUGAGCCUCCUGUUUCAACUGCAGUCAGUCAGGAACCGCCACCUAAGCCCAGCGAUCAAGUCCUGGCCGCCCCGAGCGAACCAAAGGAGAGCAAAACUGAGGUUCCUGACAUCGAUAAGCCCAUCUUGCCACCAAAACAAAAAGAUCGUGCAAGUGACGUUGAAAUAACUGAUGGCAUGACCCUGGACGCUAAUGCUGAUGCGGACUCACGGUCGGAGUCUGAACGUGAGUCAGAAAUUGAAUACCUUAAGAAAAAGGCGAAACAGCAGGAAGGAGCAGACUUGCCUCUCGACUCCCCUGAUGUAGAGAACAAGGGACUAGUUUCACAGGACUCUCUUGAGGACGGCGAACUACCGUAUGUGCCUACCACGCUGCCCGCCGAGCGUCCCAUGCUAGUGCCCAUGGUGCCCGUGCGGGAGAGGGCCACCGUCGUCAAGCUCCACACAAUGCAGUCUAUUGAUCGGCCUCGCAGCACCACGCCUUUCUUGCCGGGGCGCUUGGAGGAUUAUCAGCAGCACCAACAGGUUGCUGGCACUCCUGACUCGGAGACGGACAAGAUGAUGAUCAGUAUUCCUCAAAAGGGUCCCGUCAAGGUGCUUCCAACACGAAGUCCAAAGCACCAAACCUCGAAGACAUGGGAAGACUUUUGCCAAGAAGGGCUCAGAAGUCCGAGGACACUCAGAAAGCAGUUCAAAGAAAGUAGUUUGAAGCAAUCAGAAGAGGAUAUACCACCACCGCUCCCACCAAAGAUUCGCUCUCCGGCUCGUUCCCCAGUGACUCAGCCAGGCUCAGCUCUAGGUUCUGAGGUCACCACGCCCUCCUCCACUACCUCCGCCCCGACCGAGCCCGUAAAAAGCUGGAUCAAUUUUGACGAAAUGCCUGACAUCGUACUGAAGCCGGUGCGUCAGAUCAAAACUGUUCCCACGCGGCAUCAGGUGCAGCAUCGGCAGGCGAUGGAGAUGAGGCCGCUGGAACAACGCGACCAGCCGUCAGACACAGCGAAGGAGGACGAAUUUGUACCUCGCCAAUUGCCGCCCCCACUUCCUAAGCCGCUUACUCUCCAGGACUUUGAUUUUGACAUGGGGCAGGCACACUCGGAAGUUUCUACUCCUGAGAAGGCCGACAGUUCUGACAGGUCGUCUGACAGUGAUAAACCGACAAGUCCAUCAUCAAGUGAAGACCUCACAACGGUCAGGGAGAGACUUGAGGAGAUCAAAAAAGAAGGAAAUGAUUACGAAAACUCGGACCUAGAACGGCUGUUAGCGCCGGUGAAUGAUUGCAUUAACCGGUUAUCAUCCCUGUCUACCGAACAGCCUUCGAUGGAGCGUCGGUCUCCCAUCCCCGACAACUGGGCAGACUUCCUCCUGCCGCCUCAGCCUGGACGCAGGAGUCGCCUGUCGUCGCUGGGGUCUGACGCAGGCUCGGUGGGAAGGAGGUCACCGUCUCCAUCCUGCAUGUUGCUCGAGACCUCCUUCUGCGGCUCACACCCCAUCGACGACCCAGCCGCUGCCGAGCCCGAUGUGCCUAUCGCCGUGGCCAGGAAGCUGAGCGGCAUCUCCCUGGGUGACCUGAGUCCCUUCGGCGGCCGAGACAGGAGAGAUUCCUCAAACCUGCUCACCUGCCCUGACAGGACCUCCAUCCUCAGCGACUCAUCAGCGGAGGGAGGAGGUUCGCCCCGUGAAGUGGACUACUACGGCGGCAGCGGCAGGCAGCAGCAGCAGCAGCAGCAGCAGCAGCAGGAAAGCUCCCGUGGCCAGCAGGGGGCGCGGCAGCUCAACCCAUUCGGAAUGGAUCUCGGCGUGAGGAGCAACCGGAGCUCCGUGGUGUCUCAAGACCAGAGGCAGUUUAGAGGGGCCCCCUAAGGUACACAGCGACCAGCCCCCCCCUAGCACCCCUACACCAGGGUACUGUCCACUUCUUGCUCCCUCUUCUUCCUUUUCUCUUUACUUUUCUCCUGUCAUCUUUUCCUUUGCCUCUGUUGCUCGCUCAUUCCUUCCGUUAAAUAGAUUUCCUUAUUUUUUUGCCGCAACCCCACCUUGACCGCUCUAACCUUUUCCUUCCUUAAAUUCCUGUUAAUCAGUUCUUUUCCUUUAGAAUGUUGUUGUUUUUAUUAACUGUUAACCCCCCCCACCCCCACCCCGCCAUCUUUAUUUAUUAUUAAUUUUUUUCUAAUCAAUUUUCGGACAGACCUCCGAGUCUGAAAUUGCCUUAUUGCAUUUUCCUCCCCUACCAUCCUUUACCUAACCAACUAUACCCUCUUCUCCUCCCCUUCCCUUCCUCGAUACUAAUAAGCUACCCUCACACUGCCCUCCCUCCCUUUAUUGCAUUGACUUCCCUUCCUAUCCUUGUCCUAACAAUCUAUCCCUUCUAUUCCUCCCCUUCCCUUCCUCAACACUUAGAAGCUUCCCUUACGGUGCCCUCCCUCCCCUUAGAGCGUCGCGCCCAGAGCACAAUUACUGUUCACGUCCUCCCGAGUGGUCAGUCCCCUCCCCUCCUCUAGAAUGACACAGAGCUUCUUAGACACUUUCGUUACCCAUGUACAGAGGCCCACCACCACCCCUAGAAUGACUGCUCUCACUGCUGCCUCAUUCAUCUUUUCCCUAAUGGAGGCAGGCACCUGUUCUAACUAGUUUUUCAUUUUGUAAGCAUCACCAACACCCACCAACCACCAUCACGAUAGGUACUACUACAAUACCUGCCACAAUUACUUCUGGUGUAGCUUUAGAAGAUACUUAGAAUGGUACACGCACACCUAAUCACCCACCUACCUCCACACACACACGCACGAGUGGCGGCUGAACUAGGUCAAAGGAGGGACAUUUCUUCUGAGGUUGAAAGUAAGAAGAGGCGUCGGUUGAUGAAAGAACGUGCAAAAGUUCCUAAACCUCAUAAAUAUUUAGCGGCGUCGUGAUGUGGUGCCUGCAUAAAACAAGACAGGCAGAUUCAAAAGGUUUUAGAAUAGAGCAAUUGAAGCAGAGAGUAAAGCAUUGUAAUCAGGUACACAGGAUGAAAUAAGAGACGCAUGGAAAGUGUGUUUAGAAGUGUGAGGAAGAAAGAAGGGGCUUGGAAAGAGUAAGGAUAAGUGGUCUCCUUGUAUCCUUGUGAAGUAUAGCGAUUUGCCAUCCAGCACAUGAAGAGAGUAAAGCUUUGGGAUUACGGAAAUUGGCUGAGCUAUGGGAGGCGUGGAAACUGUGAUUUGGAAUAUGAUUAAAGGAGAACCAAGGGACAGGUAGGAGUUCAGAGGGGCGGUCCAUGAGGGAGAAGCAAUUAGCCGCCAGUCCAGUCCAGUUCUGAGAGGCUUCAAGGAGAGAGGACACACACACACACACACACACACACACACACACACACACACCGUCUAUGCAUGACCCAAGACUGACGCACCUUACGAAAGCUAAGUUUUGUCUGUUGUGCAUCACUCUGUAGACAUUUUGGACAGCGUUGCCCUGUCUGUGUCCCGCCCUGGCUGAAGGAAACAAAGAGCGAUAUUAACUCCCCUCCCUCUCUAAUCUGCCCUUAAAGAGAACACACCAGCUCGCUCACGCACACCCACAGGUUUCUUUUGACAAACCUUGACGCUAAUUCCCCCAGAACAUUUUGCUCUAAAGAAUGAACCCCCAAAGAAACCCUCCGAGGCACGUGACUUAACAUUUAUCAGUUGUUGUUCCGUGUGUAUGUAGAGAAAGACAGCAUAUUCAUUUUUAUCGUUUUUAACUUCUUAUUUUUACUUUUAUUGGCACCGGUUAUGUUUUUUGUGUUAGCUGCUCCGUCUCUCCCCCACAGACUCCCCCUGAUAGCCCCAGCUGCCCACCGCUCCGGCCCUCCUAAGCCAGGUCUUCACGUAGCUGUAGUCAUGUAUCUAUGCAUUUAUAUGGAGUCUAUUUUGCAUUUUCAUAUUCUAGUGAGAAGAAAAUACAAAAUACAAUGUCUUGAAUGAGAGGUUUCCGGGAAGUGUAACCGAACAAAGCUGUGCUCUCUAGUUUGUUGAAUAGCCUCUCAUUAAACACUCAUCUCCUCUCACUCUCGCUCUCACUCACUCUCACUCCGUUUUGUACAUUACUCUGCAUCGCGGACCUCAUGUGAUAGACGUUGUUGUUGUUGUUUUCAUUGUCUAUAAUUCAUUGUUAACACUUAAAAAGACAGCAUUUUUGCCUUUUAAAAGCCCUGUCAUUUCGACUCGUUCGUGUUUUGACCUACUUUUUAAAAUCAUUAUAAAAUCAAGUAAUAUAUUACAAUAGUUCUAAGUGAGCUGAGAGCAUCAAAUUAUACGAAGUGUCACGGCCGAUGUGGAAUGUCACGGCUAACGAGUGAAGCAAUGUGAAGCGUGCACACCAGGGACGAGCAGCUCAGUGCGAGACAUGGAAAAUGAGACAAGGACAAAAAAAUAUGCGUGGUGGACAAGAAAUGAAGAUAAAACGUUAAAGAACAAAGACCAGUGCUCGUGGAGAAGCCCGAGCCAACAUCCAACAUCAAACCAACCUCCCCAAGAGUUUGGGGGAAAAGCCGUCGCUGAGGAAGGAGACACGUGGCGUGGCCGGAGGCAGUGUGGCUAGGGCAAGAAGGGACGGAUGGAAUGAAUGACGUAAGGAAGGAACGACUAAACGACUGGAGGAAAGGAGGCGACGAAACUGCCAGAUACCAUCCUUCAGGAAAGAGCAGCCAAUGUUGUUUAUUUAUCUGGAAGCAGAGAGCUAAUUACGUGUUGAUUGUGACCCAUCUCCGUGCUAAAGAAAGUAUCUUGGCUGAGGAAGUGGCUGCUGGCCUGUUAGCACCGAGCUGCCUCCCCGCCAGUGUUCCGAAUAAGUAAGUGGAUUGUGCUGCUCCUGCCUGACUGACCGUGUUUGAAAUAUUACGUGCCAACAUUGAUCUUAAAUAUGCUCUCUAACAACUAAACCGACACGUCCGAAAUAUGUGCUUAGUUAAUACACUGUUAUGGCCUUAUCACUGGACGCCUGAUUCUACUCGCCUUUGCAUCAGAUUAAUUAAAAGAAGGCAACAAUAAACUGAAGUUACAGAUAUCCCUACAAGAAAUCCCUGCAAGAGGUGUGACAAGGCGUGUGAUGCUUUCUUCCCUGAUAUACCUUCAUAAGAAAUCGUGUGAAUUAUUUGAAUUAAAUGUUAUGGUCCACUGCCUCGCUAUACCUUUAGAGAAACAAAGGAGAGGUGUUGCCUUUCACUCGGCUCUGGCCAGAGGAACAGGUCAGCGAUGCCCUCUACUAGUGUACAGAGAGUUUGAAAAGUCCUCCGUUGGGUGGCCUAACCUUCAAGGGAUUCUUUAUAGCUCGAUGUUCAAGAAAUUCGACGUUGUGCUCCUGCGUCCUUUCUGGUCUUCUCCACAGCCCUAACACUUGAGGUAACACGUCCAGUCUUGGCUUUUGAUGCUGAAUGGAUAUUGACUCCUUAGUUUAUAUGUUUAAUGGGUCGUACACUUUAUAUUUUCUUUGAUCAUUUCUGUAUUCUCAUUUCUUGUCUAGUUGUCUGCUGAUCUCGUAUUUUCAUAUAUUCUAAUAUAUGUCUCUUGGCAUCCUUA